AUGGUAAAGAAGCGAAAAUCGGAGGCUUCACGGCUCGAUGAAGUCGAUCGAACCAUGUACGGCGCGUUUCGAGGAGCUGCUAAUUCGCUAUCUCAGCUCUAUACACAUGCCAUGAACCAUCAACGCGUCUCUUUCCUCGCCGGUGAACGUCGCGGGAUGGAGAAACUUUACCAAUGGAUAGUGAGACAAGAAGAAGAAGGAACUAGAGUAUCCACAGAUGAUAUUACUACCUACUUGCAGAAUGAGCUUGAAUAUGAGCCUGAGGAGACAUCGAUACCAUUCCCAAUGCAAGAGUUUCAUCAGCAUCAAUUCGCUCCACCAAACGUAAUUACUUCAGCAGCUGCAGCUCAUGUUCCUUCAAGUCACAUAGCACAACACUAUGAUGGUAACCAAGACAAAGUCCUGAUUCCACCAAUUGCUCUAUCAAGUCCGGUUCGUAGAACCCUUCAGGACUUCAACUUGUGUGAGGCUGCCUCUGGUAACCACAAUCCACACUCUACAGGACGUGACUCCUCUUACUGA